UCCUGGAGGUGGAGGAGGAGGUUCACAGUGUGCUCUGCACAGAGCACACCAACUCCAAACACUCUGCUCUGUGAGGGCUGCUCCUGGAUACUAUGUGGCUUUAAUGUAUUUUUAAGCCUUUUUUUCUUUUUCCUUUUUUUUUGUUUUACGAGGGAUGCGGGUUUCCCAGUGAGGAGGACACCCGGAGCUCCUCAUCCAUCCCCGAACAGCCUCACAAUGGCCCCGUCCCUCAUCCGAGCCUGCCGCAGUCUGGCUCUCUCGACGUGGCUGCUGUCGUUUUGCUUCGUCCACUUGCUGUGUUUGGACUUCACGGUGGCGGAGAAGGAGGAGUGGUACACGGCUUUUGUCAACAUCACCUACCUGGACCCCGUCACUUCGGAGGUCAAGACGGAGAAAACCGAGUGCGGUCGGUACGGCGAGCACUCACCCAAGAAAGAAGCCAGAGGUCUGGUGCUGGUCCCGGCCCUCCUGCAGGACCGACAGGCGUGCGACCCCGGAGUCAGGUUCCCUCCUGUCCCGCAAAACACCGCCUGGGUGGCGCUGGUGGCUGCGGGGAACUGUACAUACCGAGAGAAAAUCCGAAAUGCCGCAAACCACAACGCCUCUGCGGUGAUCAUAUACAACGUGGGCUCCAGCAGCACUAACGACACCAUAACAAUGCCUCAUCCAGAUACAGGUGAUGUCGUGGCCAUCAUGAUCCCGGAGCCGAAAGGCAGAGAGAUCGUGUCCUUGCUGGAGCAGCACAUCAUGGUCAUGGUGCACAUCACUAUAGGAACCCGCAACCUGCAGAAGUACGUGAGCCGAACGUCGGUAGUGUUUGUCUCCAUCUCCUUCAUCGUCCUCAUGAUCAUCUCCCUCGCCUGGCUCGUCUUCUACUACAUCCAGAGGUUCCGCUACGCGAAUGCACGGGAUCGCAACCAGAGGCGUCUGGGAGAUGCUGCCAAAAAAGCCAUCAGUAAGCUUCAAGUGCGCACCAUUAAGAAGGGAGACAAGGAAACAGAGUCAGACUUUGACAACUGUGCAGUUUGCAUUGAAGGUUAUAAGCCCAAUGAUGUUGUGAGGAUAUUACCAUGCAGACAUGUUUUCCAUAAGCACUGUGUGGACCCGUGGCUACAAGACCACCGAACAUGUCCCAUGUGCAAAAUGAACAUCCUCAAAGCCCUGGGAAUCCCACUCAACCCAGACUGCUCAGAUGAGGUUCCUCCGGACUACGAGGCGUCUGUCGGAGGUCCACCCACCAACCCCAUCAGCGGGGCGAGUGAAGUCACAGUUAACGAGAGCUCGGUAGUGCUGGAUCCUGCAGGAAGAGCGAUAGACCUGCAGCAGCUCCACCCUGAUGCAGAGACGACACCCCAGGCACUGGAGAGCCACGUCAUUGCCAGCAAUGAGCACCAACCUCCUCUCAGCAGCGAUUCGGACACUUCCAUCAUCAUCGGCAUGGAGGUGGGUAUGUCCGAAGUGGAGCUGUCUGCCGAGCAGGCAUGUGUCGAGGCCAAAUCCAGAGCCAAUCAGAGCUGAGCAAAAAGCACGAACCAGGACAAGGAGGUAGAAAGCAGGACUGAGAGAUCAGUGGACCUACAGAGAUUUGAACUCUCAGAAGAUGGGCUAAUGACCAGUACAACCAACAGCAGCACAAAACACCCAAUUCUGUCUCCACUGACUGAAAAACAGUGUCGUCCGUGCAUCUGUUGCUUGCUCAUUUUCUAGAAAGUCAACCAGACAGACAGUCACAGCUCUCACAUUGUGGUGGCCCAGUUUUUGUCCACGUAAGUUUUUUUUUUCACAUCCUUUAACCUAUCGUCUGAAAUGCACAUACAGUAACUGCGGAGAUGUUGGAGCUCGUCAUGGUGCGGAGAAGGCAACAUUUGUCUCUUCUCAGUUUGGCAAACCAAACCUGCUGCUGGACACAAAGUGGACACAAGAGCAGCAGGGCCUCCUCAACUCCAGACUGCAGCUUUAAUUACUAUAAAAAAUGUGUGCAGAUGGUUUGACUUCUUGGUAUGAGAUCACUGCCAACAAUUCCAGAAGUUUUACUGAUGUUAUGAAUACAUGCAUAGCACAUACAAACAGUAUAUAAGCAGUUUCGUCCCUCAUAGUUGGUGUGAAUUCCCACCAGCAGUUUUCCAGCUUCUGACUUGGGUACAUGUUGUUAUCCAACUUCAAAAUUAGGUUUCAUGUGGUCACGUGACAUUGAGGAGAUGAAAAAUGUAAGCACACAUAAUGCUGUACUUUCUAAAUGUAACUGUUUCUGUUACUAUUUUGUGGGUCUUGAUUUUUAACUUUACCAACUGAUUAUUCCUGUUGUGGAAAGGAAAUAACCAAACACAAAGCAGAUGUUUCUGUUCUCACAUUUGACAAUCAUAAGCUUGUCAUAAGCAGUUUGAAGUGAUGUCACCCACUGCCCUACCAAAACUGCUGCUAAAUGUUACACCACACGUUAUCACAACACAUGGGUCAGUGAUCAGUACAGACAGUACGUCUGUCAGGCAACAAACGUUCUUGUUCACACUGCUGCUGAAUACAGCUGGUUCCAGCAGUUGUCACUACCAAAUCUGGCAGUGUGUGCACACGUCUGUAUACAAACCGACACUUGUCAAGCCAGCUGAUAUGAAUAUGUCAACACGUCUUUGUGCCAAGCUUAUCUGUUGUAUUUUAAACAUUGUUAUUUCUCAUGUACACCGAUUCCCUGGAAUGGCACCGAGUCUUUUCAUGAUAUAAAACCUAAGAAACAACACAAGGACACAGGAUUAAAGAUGUGUGUCCGCUAAAAGAAGGACUAUGUUUGGAGAAAAAGGAGGGAACUAUGCAUUGCUAGGGUUUUGUCUGAGGAAUAUGAUGCCCCAAGCAUAUUUUUUGAAAAGAUUAUAACAUGAAAAUGUUUACAGCUGAAAAGUAUGUCCACGCUAUGCUGGCUAACGUUGUAAACCUGAUGCACCCCCCGUGUUUACUUGGUUGGAAGGGUUUCAGCAAAGAUCUGUUAAUGCCGCCAACUGAAGUGCAUCAUGUGGAGACAAUGUGACAGUUGCUCAAAGGGAUAGACCCAAGAGAAGAAUUAUCACCUAGAUAAGCAGCCGCCUCUGGUUUAUGAAGCUUUAUGCUGUUUGUAAAUUAAUUUUAACUCAUUGUUUUAACUGUCCAGCCUGCAUCGUUACAGUUGAUUACGCUGACUGCUCUCGUAGUGUCAUUCGUUUUUUUAGUGAAAAAUGUCCAACCCACUCCAGACUACCUGCCCAGGACCAAACAAAAAGCUGAUACAAUACCGACCGUCUGCUUUAAGUGGCAGAAAUAUCACUCAGAAGUAGGUUGAGACCAAAAACGGAGCUAAAAACAGUAAAACUUGCGUUUCGGUGCUGCUCUAAUGUGGAAAAAAAAAUUUGAAUUUGACACUAUUUUUGGAGGUUUCAUGAUGCCAAAAAUGUUGGCAUCUUGGUUUUCCUUUAACAAUGUAUCCAUAAAAGGAAACUAUAAAGACUGUUAUGGAGAAAAUGUGGCCAACGUAGCGUAGACAUAUAUAGACUUUGAUGAUGAUUCUGACUGUUAAUGCACAAUACAGUGUCUGAUAGAUUUCAUCCUUUUGCUUUUCCCUUUUAUUGUUAUGUUAUUUAUUCAUGUUUAUCGUCCUGUAUUGUACUAGUUCCUUUUUAUUUUAGAAGUAAUGUCUCAUGUAGUACGAUCAGCAGAAUCUAGUGCUGGAUUCAAUCUGUUUCCUCUCACAUUCCUGCAGACUUGCACACUGAAGAAGCACAGACCCACUGACUCAGUCGACGGAGCCAGUCAGAUUAUAACUGGUGGUUUUUCUCUUGCAGUCAUUGUUUCCAUCGAGUCCUGCAGCCACCUGGGACUCUCUUAUGUAACUCACACGUUCACACCCUCCUUGUUUGGGUCAGUCAUUUAGUGUAUGUGCAAACAUUUCAGUGUUUCAGAAAGCAUUGGUAUUAGGAGAGACAGAUGGUAGUUCCUAUUUGUGUAAAAGCUUUGUGAGAUAGAGUAUUUUUGGCUUUAGAGACUUGAUACCUACAGACACCACAGCACAUUGUAGUAAUGCUCGUCCAUAAAGUGAAAAGGUGUCCAGGUGGUGAUGGCAGUGUUUCACCGAGAUAUUCUGCCUACAGGUGGGAGAAAGCUUGACAGUUUUCACAUUACCUCGCUUCAUGUUGUAUUAUUAUUUCAACUUCAGCAUCUCUACAUGUAACAUACAUUUUCAGCUUAAAUGAAGUGUGUGGUAACAUCGUAGAAGGAUUGACAAAUGGUUAUUUUCAUAUACUUUUAGACAAUUUGGGGAUAACUGUCUGAUUGAAAAUUCUGGUUUAUCUCUAGCUGUGCAUCUUUUCUGUUGUGGCCAUGAAGGUGCGGAAAGAAUGUGAUUCUUGCCAGCUCAAUAUAGACGCAGAUGCUUAAGUCUCAGCCUGCGUAAUCUGGACCUUUAAGCCUCUGUAUGUUACAUCAGCUCAUGUGGAUAAUGACACAGCACAAUACAUAGCAUUACUCAUCAAUAUUUGUCAAUCUCCUCGUCUUUCUUUUUUGUUUUCUCCCUUUCUGCACUUUGAGUUCGUGAGUGUUUCUUUGGUCAUUUUGUCUCCUCGAAAUCUACAAACAUAGCAAACACUUUGUCCAUCUGACCAUUUGUUAGGUCAGCAAGAAGACAAAAUAAAACAAAGCACAUCCGUUCGCGGUGCCAAGUGGCUGGUUUCUGGUUGUGCUGCCAAAUGAAAUGAAUUUUCUAAAGCUGGAUUAAGACCUUUUUGUUUUUUUACAGAGCAACUUAAAUUAUGUGACUAAGAUAUGAGGCCGUCUCUCAGUUUUGUCUGUUUUCAGUCUUUCAGUAACAACUUUCUUAGGACUGAAUACGAUUGAGAGAGUUUAAAGGCACAAAAGACCCGUGCACACUUCAUGUAUUGACAUUUAGUGUACUGAUGAUGAAAACAAAAUCGGUGCCCCUAGUUGUACCUGCAGCAUAACACUACUUUAUGUGUCCAUAAUUUAUGAAUAAUUUCUUAAAAGUUUUCCGGAAAGAAAUAUGAAAUUGCUUCUAAUUUUGGAGAAAAUGUAAAUGUCAAUUAAAGCAGAAGCGCUUUUCAAACUCAAGUAAAUAUAUAAAUAAAAUCUUUAUUUGUGUAUUCUAGUUUUCAUUCAUACAUUUUAUUAAUUAAUUAGACAGGGACAGUGUUCGUUGAUUAUCAGAAAUUGCCCUGUUAGUCUAAAAGACAGAUUUUCAAAGGUUUUUGCAGACAACGUGUUUGAAUGACACCCUGAAAGUAGGGUACAGUUUAAUAUAUACACCAGCUAAAAUACUACAUACUUUACAUACCUUAGCACAGAUGCACCAAAAAGUAAUACUUGCUAUAUACAUAGUAGUUAGCUGAGUUGCAUUUAGUUACAUAAAAUGAAUGUCAAUCAAAUAUGGUCUCUAUUUUCCAAACAAUUAUGUUGUCCCUUUCAGGAAAUUCUUGAAAACUAUUUGAAAAUUAUUCCUAAAUUAUGGACCCAUAAAAUAAAGCCUUAUCCAAAAUUGUUUUAUUAUAAUGAAAGAUAUCCUGUUUCUGUUUUGUUAUAUUGUUAUAUGUUUUCUUCUGGUUGUGUUAACUUUCCUAUAUUGCACUUUAACCCUCCAGUGAUUGGGGAAGGCUGAACUGAAUGAAUUUUUUAAUGAACAGCUUUUAAAGAAAGAGGGCUACAUGUGUCUGUUGUUGCUUAUUAUAUAAUGUUGUGAUCUUUUAUCUGUGCUAUGUGUAUGUGGGGUGGAGAGUAUCAAUAUAUUGUAAACUAAAUACCCAGCAGAUAUAACAGCAUUGCUAUUUUGGUAUAUAAAAACAUUGUAUGUAUGAUUAGCGAUGUCUCUGUCCUUUUCUUGUACCGUACACGAUGCAUGUGUAGGAAUGUCUUUGACUGUGUGUUAUAAUAAAUUUGAAUCAGGUUUUUCCAACUUUUA